UCUUUACGCGUUUGAAAGCUGUGUGCAGGGGUCUUAGUAUUCUCCUUUGCCCUUUCGGCUCUGGCUGAGGGUUCUGUGCGCCAGUAGGUGCCUCUGCGACUUGUGGAAAUCGCGUGAGCAGUGUACCAGAGGUGGGAGAAGAUGCUCAAGUGCUAGCUUUCAUGGUUCCUUGAACCGCUUAGUUUAUAGAUCCCCAGUUAGUAAAGCUAGGGGAAGAUUCUCAGGCUUGGAGAGAGUGAUUGCAGACCCACCAGUGGAGAGCUCCAUCUUGCCUUCAUCUCCCUGGGAACACUUCCUUUCCAUCUGGGGACAGGAAGCCUUUCUGAAGUUCUUUUCACUUUGCUACAGACUUGCAGACCUGGAUUAUUAAUGCACAUUUAUCCAGGAUUUUUUGAGGAUCCUGUUUCUUUAGAUGUAAAGAGCUUCAUAUGCAAUGAUAUUUUAACGUCUAAGGAUAGUAAUUUACUUUUAUGUGCUUGGCCAGUAAUUGUUGGGUUGAACUGGACUGAUAGGUUGUUCAGUAGAGCAAGGGCAUGCUUUAUGCCUAUUCAGGAUUCCCAGUGGUUUUCUAGGAUCACUUGCUUAUGAACUAGAGGUGAGCUGGCCUGGGAGUCUGAAAACUCUUCACUUAUUCAACAAAUAUUUAUUGAUUACUCACCAUGUGCCAGCACUAUUUCAGGCCUUAGGUCAAAUAUCAAGUCUGCCAUUUUUUUGAGGAUUUGCAUUCAAUGAUCCCCACAACCCUUUUUGUCACUUUCUCAUUUAUAAAAAGAGGCUUAUAUUUGCCCUAAUUUAAGGGAUUAUGGUGAAGAUUAAAAGGAGAAAUGAUGCCAUUAAAUGUUUUAUAUAACAUGGCUGGAUGUUAUCUAGGCUACUAAAAACCUGGGUCUAAACAGACCUCCAGGGCCUGCCCCAUCCAGAUAGGGAACCAGGUGUGUGACGGCAUGACUUUCUGUCACUCUUCAGUCAUAGACUUGCAUUCCCAAGAAGGCUUUUAUAAAGUCAAAGUAUAUAUUUCAAAGAUUUCCAAUCUAAGAGCUAGCAGUCAAGUAGGUCAAUUUUAUAUCAUAAGCUCUUAUCAACCUCUUUUUCCAUUCCUGCUGUCACUAUCCUAUUUUACUACCACCAUUUUCCAUGGCCGAAAGAGCCUCCUCACAGGUCUGCUGCCCCUUCGUAUCUCUACAAUGUCAUACAAGUCUGGUGAUGGUCCACCUCUUGAGUUUCAAAAUCCUUUAAUGCCUUACCACCACCCAGGAUAAAAUCUAAAUGCCUUGAAUUCCACCUAUUGUGCCAGCCCCAUUUGUUGUCACCUCCUUCCCAUAGCCUAAGCUACUGCCUUGAAAUGAUUGUCAAUGCUUCCUGGGUGAGUCAGGCUCUCUGAUGCCCCACAAGUCCUUGCAGUCUUUCCCCCUGCCUGGAAUGCUGGUUUCCCUCAUCUCUAAUUAGAUGGGCAAUCAUUAUUCAUCCUUCAAACUUAAAUAUUUUCCGACAGCCUCGGAUGCCUCCCCUAGAUAGGCCUCCCUCCUCUUUCAAUCUAGUCAUACAUAUUGGUAUGAUAGCAGGACCUACUUAUUUGCAUGUACUAGAUUGUGAGCUCCUUGAGGGCAAGGGCAUGUCUCUUCAUGAUGUUAUCAUCUGGUACAACACUUAGUAUGUUGAGAGUCAGUCAGACUGAUUGAGAAAGGAUUUCUAAACUUGUUGUGUGACCUUGGGCAUGCUACUAAUCUUCUGUGUGCGUUGUUUUCAUACGUAAAAUAGUGCUAAUGGUUAUUUUGUGAAGAUUAAACAGCAAAACUCUUAAGAGGCUCCUGGACAUAUAGCUGGCAUUCAGGAUUGAUCCUUAUAACUACAGAGUGCCCGCUAUAAAUACGUGUUGAAUCAACUCCGCAAAACUAAGUAGGGUACUAUUACAGCAUUUACCAGUUAGCUGCCGAACGUUGUACAGGAAAGGGAUGCAGUUUUCGUGGUCUUAAAGAGAGUCUUUCAGCUCCAAAUAGUUGGACGCAAGGUUCACCCGGGUGUUUGGGAAGAACGCAGUGCGACGUCGCCCCCUGUCGCUUGCUGAUCGUAGCCCGAGGGCAAGCUCGGGCGACCUUACCAAACCAUCACUCCUGUGUCCUGGACUUUGCUUGCUCUGCUCUUCCCAAAGCCUGUCCAGUGAUCUUCACAGCAGGGCUGGCCUUUCAACAGGCCACCUCCCACCGACCAGCAGAAAAAGCCCCGCCUACCUCGCGCCCCACGGGGCGGGGCGGAGCCUUUGGCGUCGAACGGUCGUCACUUCCAGCGGACCCGGAAGCGCCACUGUCAGCCGGCUGUGGUAGUUAGGAAGUCACGAUGGGACCGAGUUCGGCGUAAACCCUUGGCGAACGGUGGGCCGAGGGGCGGGCCCCAGCUACGGUGGCCCCGGACGAGCGGAGAGGGCGGAGCGGCUUCUUAGCCAGUGAGGGCGAAUCCGGUAGUGCGCUCGGGUGGUGCCAGCGGCGCCCCGCCUCCGGGAUAGGACCCGCCCCCGCCCCCGGAGCCUGCGACCAGGCGGGCGCUUCUACCAGACUUGCCCCCGCCCCGCGUCGGGUCCGGGACAGCCCCGUGGAGCGCGUCUGCGACUUGUGGUCCGACAGCCCUCUUUGCUGCGCUUCCAGCCCCCGCUCCGGUCUUCGCGGCCCUCUCCCGGGCUUCCCGAACGCUGACGUGGAGCAACCUGCUGGGAACCACCAUGGAGAAGUUUGGGAUGAAUUUCGGGGGUGGCCCGAGCAAGAAGGACCUGCUGGAAACCAUAGAGACGCAGAAGAAGCAGCUUCUCCAAUACCAAGCACGCCUCAAGGAUGUGGUCCGCGCCUACAAAAGCCUGCUUAAGGAGAAAGAGGCGCUAGAGGCCAGCAUUCAGGUGCUGUCUGUAUCCCACGAGGCAGAUGUAGGCCUUACAGGUGUCCAGCCUUCAGGUCUCAUCUUUCCUGACUCGGUGGAUGACCGAUGCUCCACUCACAGCGAGGAUAGUACUGGGACCGCUACCAGUUUAGAUACUGCAGCCAGUCUCACCAGCACCAAGGGCGAGUGUGGGGUAGAAGAUGAGAGAUCAGCCCGUGGCCCACCAGUUCCAAAGUCUGAAGAGGCCAGUGGAUCAGAGAGUGGCGUUAGCAGUAGCAGUGGGGAUGGGACUUUUACUGGUGGUGAGGUGGACAAAAGACUACAUCAGCUGAAGACUCAGUUGGCUACUUUGACUAGCGCUUUAGCCACGGUCACCCAGGAGAAGUCCCGCAUGGAGGCUUCUUACUUGGCUGACAAGAAGAAGAUGAAACAGGAAUUAGAGGAUGCCAAUAAAAAGGCAGAGGAGGAGAGGGGCCGUCUGGAGGGAGAAUUGAAGGGGUUGCAGGAACAAAUAGCAGAAACCAAAGCCAGACUUAUAACUCAGCAGCAUGAUCGGGCCCAAGAGCAGACUGACCAUGCCUUGAUGCUGCGUGAGCUCCAGAAACUGCUGCAGGAGGAGAGGACACAGCGCCAAGAUUUGGAGCUUCGGUUAGAGGAGACUAGAGAAGCCCUGGCAGGGCGGGCAUAUGCUGCUGAUCAGAUGGAAGGGUUUGAACUGCAGACCAAGCAGCUGACUCGUGAGGUGGAGGAACUGAAAGGUGAGCUGCAGGCCAUUCGACAUGAGAGGAAUCAGCCAGACCCCCGACUGCAAGAGCUGCAGGAAGAGGCUGCCUGCCUUAAGAGCCACUUCCAGGCUCAGUUGCAGCAGGAAAUAAGGAAGACAGCCCUUGCAGAGGAUCAGCUCCGCCAGCAAUCUCAGGUGGAAGAGCAGAGGGUUGCAGCCCUAGAGAAUCAAAUAUCUGAGAUGUCUGAACUGCUGGGCACUUAUGAGAAAGCCAAGCAGAAGGACCAGCUGACUAUCCAGAAACUGAAGGAGCGCAUUCUGCAGCUGGACCUGGAGAACAAGACCCUGGCUCUCGCAGCUUCUAGCCGGUCCCCUUUAGAAAGCCAUGGAGAUGAGUCCAGUCUGGACGUCAACGUCCUGAAGGAUAAGAUGGAAAAGCUGAAGAGGUUACUGCAGGUUGCAGCCAGGAAAAGCCAGGUAACCCUAGAUGUGGAGAAGCUCUGUGACCUGGAGAUAAUGCCCAGCUCUGAGGCUGCGGACGGGGAGAAGGCCACUGCACUCUACUACCAGCAGGAGCUGAAACAGCUGAAGGAAGAGUUUGAACGCUAUAAGAUGAGGGCUCAGGUUGUGCUGAAGAGCAAGAAUACCAAAGAUGGGAAUCUGGCAAAAGAACUGGAGGCAGCACAGGAACAGCUUGCAGAGCUGAAGGAGAAGUAUAUCUCCCUGCGGCUGUCCUGUGAGGAGCUCAAGCGCCAGCACCAGCAGGAGGCUGAGGACUGGAAGCAGGAGCUGGCCCGGCUGCAGCAGCUUCACCGGCAGCAGCUGGAGCGCAGCCAGCUGGACUUCAGGGACCGCACGCUGAAGCUGGAGGAGGAGCUGCACAAGCAGCGGGACCGGGCCCUGGCUGUGCUUGCUGAAAAGGACUUGGAACUGGAGCAGCUGCGCUCUGUGGCUUUGUCUUCUGGGUUACCAGGACGCAGAAGCCCUGUGGUUAGCGGGGUUUCCAGAGAUCCAGCUGACACAUCUUCCCCAGAUAACCUGACCCAAGCACUGCAGCUUGCUGCAGCCAAUGAGCCCACUUUCUUCCUGUAUGCUGAGCAGUUAGCCCGCAAGGAGGUGGAGAUCACAUCCCUGAGGAAGCAGAAGCACAGGCUGGAGGUGGAGGCACACCAGCUGCAGGAUCGACUGCUGGAGGAGGGGGAGCGGCAUCGGGAGGAGGUGGGAGCCUUGCAGAGCCACAUUGAAAAGAACAUUAGGGACCGGAGCAGGGAGGGAGCCAACCUGGAGUACCUCAAAAACAUCAUCUACCGCUUCCUGACCUUGCCCGACAGCCUGGGUCGCCAGCAGACUCUCACAGCCAUAUUGACUAUCUUGCACUUCAGUCCAGAGGAGAAACAAGUGAUAAUGAGGCUCCCAAGUGGUGGCAGCUGGUGGCCUUCUGGCAAGAGAUGAUAACAUUUUCACUAACACCUGAAGUCUCUGUGCCUCUUUUAUGUGGGAAGAGGCAGGUUCUGAUUUCUACUGCCUCUUUUAUGUUAUCAUUUAUUUCUUCACUGUGUUGAACUUUGAGGAGUCUUCAAUGUGGAAUGGGAUUCUCUGCCAAAUGCUAUUAAUGCUGCUUUAUCCUGGGUCUAGGAGAUACUGAAAGUGUGACAGCAUUUUCUGGUGGUGUGUAUGUGAGGGGGAGUGGAGGGUGAGGGAGAGGUUAAGACCAGGUGCAAAUUUGGGAAAGCGGUGAGAAUCUUUUAAAAAUAAUAUGUUUUGUUUUAGUAUUCUACUCCUACUCCAGGGCUAGGAGCAAAUGUGACUCCAAGGGGAGUUCAGUUAACUUCUGAACAUGAACAGCGAUCUGCUGUUUACUCCAUCUCAUCACAGUCUGAGUCUGGUCCACUACUGCCCCGAUUCUCUGGGGAUAAAAAGCCAGGCUGGAAAGUCUGAAAUAGUGACAUGUUGUCCAAUAGUCCAAAGGGCCAAGGAAUAGUGAGUUCAUCCUGGAACUGGGAAGUCUAAUCUAGAUAGGCUUGGAAUGACGUGCAAACUAGACAACGCGCCACUUUGUCUAGAUUGAACCAGACACUUAGAGAGGACCAUGAGCACCAGUUUGAUUAGGGGUUUUCUGAAUGACCAGCUUUGGGCCAAGGCUGGGUUAAAAGACUCCUCUCCCAGGUUGGCCUGAGAUUGUGAGUUAAUGACUUCACUGUCUUCCCUUCAAUGUUGUAUUUUCUUUUAAGAAAUAAAACCUAGCUUCUUACAGAAGCUUUGAUACUGCUUGGAUAAAAGGAAUUCCUGCUGAGAGUUGCUUCCAACUAUUUUUGCUUUUGUAAGGACAGGGAAGAGAUGUGCAAAAGAUUCCAAAAGAAUGCCGUGACCCUCACAGGAAAGUGGUAGAAGUUCAAAGUGGUACUUUCUUCCAUUGGGUCUUGAUAUAAAUAGAUUAGGUCUGCUCUUUAAGAAAAGAUGACUUGUUAUUCAGACAAUGGAAAGGAGACUGUCAGAAAACUUGGGUCCAAACAGUAUCAACUCCCCAAUUUUUUCCCUGAUCUGCUCUCAUUGGUCAUAGAGACCUUUGGACCUGAAAGACCAAUGCUUGGCCACUAACUGGACUGUUAUGUAUCUUUCUAUUAUUUGGUCAUAGAGGUCUGUUUGUGAGAGUUUGAGGUGCAGAAAAUGGGUUAAAAUGUUAUCAGUGGGAGGGCAGGUGACCUAGAUUAUCUACAGUGAGCAGACUUAAAUGGCACAGAAGUGAAGUGUUCAUGUGAUGGUAACAAACUGUGGAAUCAUUAAACCCGAGUCACUUAACCUGUGUGUUCCUUAGAGUGUCUGUAUAUCUGGGCACAAAGAGUAUGAAUGUAAAUGGUGAAUGAAAAGGAUGGAAAUAGUAAUUGUUACUUCAUGAACUCAAAUCCAGGAAGCAGUGCUUUAACCAACCACUUCAGUUAUAACACAAAUGUCUUGGCCUGGAAUUGUGUGUGUAUGUACUUGGGUGUGAGCAGCUAUCCUGAUAGAAACUUUCUUAGGGGUUUAAUUGUGCAGGCUUGAUGCUUAUAAAAUUACUGCUUUAAACUGUAGAAGUAAGUUCCCCUCCCCCACCUCCAGGCAAGCUCUCUCUUAUGGAGUCACAUCCCCAGCCCCUAGAAGUAAUCUCUUUAUGAAUGCCUUAUUACCCAUAAAAAUCAGGAUUCAUGAUAUCCCAGAAAAGUAUCUUAGAACAUCAAGCUAAUGAUAAUAGGCUAUCUUAAUUUCCUUACCUUGCCCUCUCUGUAUCUUGGAUUAUUGUUAUUUCCAGGUAGUUGUGAUCAGAAUAGAAAGAUCCAAAGUUACGGCUGCUUUUCCAGAACUAAAUUCCUGUGCUUUUUGACUUUUAAAAUAAUACCAACCAGGCAAAGAUGCAGAUUUCUGAUUAGUAACAUUUUGUUAGACAAAAUUAAUUUUAUUUUAAAGAUUUUAUUACCAUUGGUAUUAGUAACAGGUAAUGUUAAUAUGUCCAUCCAAGUUUAAGCCAUUAGUUAUUUUCUAUUUUGUGUGGCAUUUCUUGGUCCUUUUUAAUUAAAAAAUUUGAUACAUCAAAAUAUAAAAAUUGUCAGGUGCUGUGAUGUAUGCCUGUAAUACCAGAAUACCGGCCACUGAGGAGGUAGAAGCAGGAGGGUCACAAGCUUGAGGCCAGCCUGGGAAAUAAUGAGUCCUCUCUCAAAAAAGAAAAAAUUGAAAAAGGAAUAAAAAGGACUAGGGUGUAGCUCAGUGCUGGUGGGUUCCAGCCCCAAUACCACAAAAACAAAACAACAUAAAAAUUAUAUAUAUAUACACAUAUAUAUAUGUAUAUAUAUAUAAAACAAAGGUGCCAUGUGAUAAUUCUGUACUUGUAUACUUUGUGUAAUGUUUAAAUUGGGUUAAACAUCUGUUUCCUCAAACAUUUGUCUUUAUGAUGUAACAAUUCAAAAUCUAGCUUUUUUAAAUGUAUAGUACAUUACUGUUAUCUAUAGUCACCCUAAUGUGUAACAGCACAUCAGAAGUUAUUACUCCUAUCUAAUUUAGUACACUCCGAUUAGCCUUUCCACACCUCUCCCUCCCUGCUAUUCCCUAGCCUUUGGUACAUUUAUCAUCAUUCUACUCUCAACUCUGUGAGGUCAACUUUUUUAUAUUCCACACAUCAGUGAAGUCAUGUGGUACCUUCCAUGUCUGGCUAUUAAAGAUCUCCAGUUUUAUCCAUGUUGUUAUAAGUGACAGGAUUUCAUUCUUUUUAUUAUGACUGAAUAGUACUCUGUUGUGUAUAGUACCACAUUUUAUCACUUGAUGGAUACUUAGGUUGUUUCCAUUUCAUAUCUGUUACGAAUAGUGCUUUAAUAAACA